AUGAAGUCUUCCAAGACCUUCAUGAGACAGCUGCCGGUCACACCAGGCUACAGUGGCUUCGUGCCCUACCUUAGCUGCCAGGGAACCUCCGGUGAGGAUGACAUGUCGCCCUGUCUGAAAAUCUUCCAGGAGAACACACAGCGAUAUAAAGACCAGCUGGAGGAAUUUCGCUGCUCGGUGGCCACUGCCCGGAAACUGAAGCCCGUCUGCUCGGAGGAGACGGUCCUGCGCGCGCUGCACCAGUACCACCGGCAGUACCACCCCCUGAGUCUGGAAUGCAAAUACAUAAAGAAACCGCUGCAGGAGCCCCCGAUCCCUGGCUGGGCGGGCUACCUGCCGAGAGCCAGGGUCACUGAAUUAGGCUGUGCCACCCGGUACACCGUCAUGGCCAGAAACUGCUACAGGGACUUCCUGAACCUCGUGGAGCAGGCCAAGAGAGCGCACCUGAAACCGUAUGAAGAAAUAUAUGGAGUCAAGUCCACACCACCUUCUCCUCUUCCUUCUCCCCCAGUUUUGCAGCAUGAAGGGCUGCUGCCCAAACAUCCAGAUUUCUCUCUUCCAGGUGCCAGCUGUCCUACCCUUGCAAGAGCCCUGAUGGAUGACCCCAGACCUCCAGCGACAUGUGACUGUACCCAGAGGCCAAGUGUGUCUUGCCAUGGGAAGAUUUAUCUAGAGCCACUGUCCUCAGCAAAGUACACAGAAGGGUAG